GUGGCAACGCGACCUGGCCGUCGCUCACCUGAAAAGGAUGAGCGCCUUCAGAGGCGAGGCCGACGUCAAAAAGCGGGCGAGUGCGGAUCAGACGGCUUAUGACACCGGAGUCAACACCUUGAAUAUCACGUCACGGCUGAUGCCAACCUACAAAGACUUUGAGCUCCUUGGUGUUGCCAAGCCCGCGAGACUCAACAAGCGGUGGCGAUCCUUCCGGGCGUGGAUGAGUUUCCGACCUCCGUGGACGCCAGCAGUCGUCCCAACACUGCUGGAUCGGAACAAUACGCCAAUCACUGAGCCUCUGAGCACCUUCUUCAAGGAGUUGCCGGAGCAGAUUGGGUUCUUCAUGCUCCGUGACGUGAGGCAGUGGGAUGUUAGGAGGGUCGCGGCGUUCGCGCAGGCGGUCUACGUCAGUUACUCCGUCUACACCGCCCCGAUGGAAGAGAACGAGAGAUCGAAUACACACUCCGCUCGAGCAACUCCAUCUUUCUCCAAGCGACCCGUCUUCAACGAUGUCGUAUUGAACGCGAUCUUGCCAGGGGCGGGAAGGGCAAAGGCCGGGGGUAAGGAAGGCGGCGUCGGUGGGUCUGAAUGGUUUGGUGCGGAAAGCUGCUGA